GUGAUCCGAGUAAAACCUUAAUGGGCUUCUAAAUCUAUUUUCAAAACCCUAAGAUGGAAAACCCUAGGUUUAUAUACAGUUUUUGGUGACCUAGUUCCGUCACUUCUCAAGUGAUUUUGUAACUCGCAUCCGCUGCAAUGACGAAGGGAACGGGGAGUUUCGGAAAGAGGAGGAACAAGAGUCACACUCUCUGCGUGAGAUGUGGCCGUCGCAGUUUCCACAUCCAGAAGAGCCGUUGCUCCGCCUGUGCUUACCCCGCCGCUCGCAAGAGGACCUAUAACUGGAGUGUGAAGGCAAUCCGUAGGAAGACCACCGGAACUGGAAGGAUGAGGUAUCUUCGCAAUGUGCCUCGCAGGUUCAAGACCGGCUUCAGAGAAGGUACCGAAGCCAAGCCAAGGAACAAGGCAGCAGCUUCAUCAUCUUAAACACUAGAUUUAUGGCGUCUGAGUUUGUUGGCAUGAAUACUCUGUUUUAUUAUUCAGCAUCUGAUUACUAUUUAUCUUUUUGGUGUGUUUUGUACUCUUUUUAUAAAGUUUUGGACUUGAAUGAGAUUUCUGUUAACUUUGCAAUUUGGAAUUUGCAAGUCCUGUAUUCUGUUAUUUAUUUCGCGUUUAGUCUAUACGCAUCUAGGUC